AUGUCUGCUAGAAAGCUUCAGCCAUCGGGGACAUCACCUCCUCACCCUUCCACAACUUUCCACCACUCCACGCAGACCUUAUCUUCAGAGGAAGAAGGUACUGAGGGAGAUGAGGAGAGUUCAAUGGAAGAAUUUUUAUUUCCUCAAGAGGAAGAGAGCCCGGAGGAAGACCAGUACCUGGAGGAGGAGGAAAAUUAUCUGAAAGGAAAGGAGUAUCUGUAUGAAAAGGAGUAUCUGAAGGAGGAAGAGUAUCUACAGAAGAAAGAGCUGCUGGAAGGAAAAAUGUUUCUGUAUGAAAAGUUUCUGGAAGAGGCCACUCUUUACCCCCUGCCCCCUUCACAAAUGAGGAUCCUGGAGUUUGAGAGAGGGCACACGCCAGGCCCCUUCCCUGCUCUGAAGCGGCUGCAGGAGCAGGCCUGGGAUCUCGGGACAGGGGUUCCUCCUUGCAACACCUCCGCAUUGCCGACGGGGCAGGGAGGUGGCGUUUGGCCACGCAGGCCGGAGCCCCAGUUCUGCUUCCCGGGUGCUGAGGCCACAGCAGAGCUCUGCUUUGAUUUGUCAAAGUCCAUCCAUGGGGACCUGCAUUACCUCCUCGGGUCCCCGUGGGCACCUGAAGUGGCACAAAUCUGCCUGGAACUCCCACCGACGCUGAAGGGAGAACAGCUUCCCGGCGGUGCCUUCUGGCUGGGACAAGCCGCCUCCUCCUCUUUUCCUCAACUCUUCGCCCCCAGCCUCAGACUGCAGCCCCUCUGCCCCCGAUCCCUGCAUCAAGGAACGCUGACCCUGACAGGGAACAGCAGCAGCCUUCUCCUCGGUGACACGAUGCCGUCUACAUCCUUGGUGAAGUGCGAUGGAGAGUUCCUGGGCUUGCAGGACCAGAGCACACAGACGGAGUGGAUCUGUGAAAGCCAGCAGGGAACACAGGUCCUAUUUCCCUCGGGCACACAGGCCAUUUCCUUCCCAGAUUACAGGCUGGUUCCCUGUGGAGAGAGCCCAUCUCCGAACAAUCACAUGGUGGAGGGACUGGGACCCACCCCAGACUCUCCAGCUCAGCGUGCAGUCAAAGGCAGCCCCGGUUCACAACGAGCCAAGACCAUCCACAGGGGAACGUCUGUGGCCACAACUAGGAGACGCUCAAGAGACAGCUGGAACACCAGAGAUGCCCACUUCCUACAGCGACAGGCGUACGCCAUUAUGAGUCUACACGGCCUUGAAGCCACUUGGCUCUAUGGUUCCUGCAGCUCUUCCUCCUACCGAAGGAGGAAUAUCCCUAAGGUCUCCCCUCAACCCCAGCCAUCCUCUCUGUCCCGGGACCAGAGAAGAAGGCCACAGAGGGCCCACAUUUCCCAACCACUGUUCACUCCAGCCCAGAUACCUUUAAAAUCAAAAUCUCAAACAGAGGAAGAAUCAACAACGACGCUAACCACCUUCAAGUCUGAUUCACAAGCCGAGGAGUUUGCCUCUAAAGAGAGCUUUUGGGAUCGUAUGUUAAGUGAUCCCAUUGGCACACUGGAAGCCGAAGACUUCGAAGCCAAUGUUGUGACCAGUUCCUAUCAGUCAGUGUUCAGGACCAUGCUCAAAGAAAUGGCAGCUCGCAAUGAACUGGAGGAGGAUAUUAACAUUCCCCUGACUGGUCAUCUGGAGAGUGAGACCAGAAGGAAACUGGGAAUUCUGCUGAAGAAAAAUUUUGGAAAAUAUAAGGAAACAAUCCUCUGGAUUAUGAAGAAACGUGAAAACUUAUUUAACCAAAGGGCUACAGAGACUACUUUCACAUUCCACUUAUGUAAUCUACCACCACAAGAUGAGGAGUCUGAGAAAGAAGUAGUCAAACAAUCUCGUCGUCUUGUUCGCCGUAAGAAGACGCUAGAAAUACACACAGACUGGAUAAAGAGCAAGAUUAAGGUACAUCAAGGUGACGGAAAAAUCAUUCUCUACCCCAGUGAGACUGUCUUCCAAAUUCUCUUUCCCGAUGGAUCAGGCCAGAUAUAUUAUCCAUCAGGACACCUGGCUAUGCUCAUCCUCAGUAUAAAAGAGGGAAAGUUCACAUACAUCAUUCUGGAAGACAGUGAAAAUAUGUGUGUCCGGGCCCUUAUCAACAACUCGGGCCAUGCCACCUUCUAUGAUGAAAAUGGAAACAUCUGGUUGAACCUGAGCCAAAACCUGGGCUACUACUUCGCCAGAGACAAGUACCAGAAGGCCUGGAACUGGUGGGAUCUGAACCUGCACAUCCAUGCGCCCCCCGUCCAGCCCAUCUCCUUGAAAAUCAACCAGUACAUCAAGGUACAAAUAAGGAGCCAGGAUAAGAUCAUCUUCCGCUUCAUCCACAGAAAGAAGCACAUUUGCUUAAACCUAGGCACCAAGUACAAGUACAUUACCCCGGCGUUGCUGAGCAAAAUGAAGAAGAAAGCAGUCCUGGAGAUGGAAUUCAGUUCAACGGCUCGGAAGAUCCAGAUCCUUCUGGGAAAAAUGAGUAAGAUCCUGAAUAUACUGACCAUCUCUGACUUGGAAUGCUUCAUACAGGGCAUCAAGAUCUUGCCAACAAGACAAUAUGAGUUGGAGGAGGAACUCUCAUCUUCCAAGCUGGGGCAGUCACCAAAUUUUGCUGCUUCGGCACAUGCUGAAUGUUUCAGGGAGGUGGAGGUGUCCGAAGCCCCGAGGAAACCCCCAAAGCCCUAG